CCCAAAUCCAUCCAGCAUGAGAUCAGAAUGCACGAUCGCUCCUCUUUACAACCUCUAAUGUUGUAGUGUGUGCGAAUUCUGCAUUCAGCUCUGAGAGCUUACCGAGGAUUUGAUUGAAGAAAAUGGAGCUUUUCUACUACACGGUGUUUGGCGGCUUGGCGGCAGUGGUGGCCGCCCUGGAGCUGAGCAAGACGAGCAAAGAUCGCAUCACAACGUCUCAGGCCUUCAAUGCUUUCAAGAACAAUUACCUCGUUGUCUACUCUCUCAUGAUGGCCGGUGAUUGGUUGCAGGGUCCAUAUGUAUACUACCUUUACACCACAUAUGGAUAUGGAAAGGGAGAGAUUGGGCAGCUCUUUAUUGCUGGUUUUGGCUCUUCCAUGUUGUUCGGCACAAUAGUUGGAUCUCUUGCCGACAAACAGGGACGAAAGAGAGCUUGUGUCACUUAUUGCAUUACUUACAUACUCAGCUGCAUCACUAAGCAUUCCCCUCAUUACAAAGUCUUAAUGUUGGGACGUAUCUUGGGUGGCAUUGCCACAUCUCUCCUCUUCUCAUCAUUUGAGUCUUGGCUAGUAGCAGAGCAUUUUAAGAGAGGAUUCGAUCAGCAGUGGCUUUCUAUUACAUUCUCCAAGGCAAUAUUUCUUGGAAAUGGUCUUAUUGCCAUCGUGUCUGGCUUGUUUGGAAAUUUUCUUGUUGAUACAUUAAAUCUUGGACCUGUGUCACCUUUUGAUGCGGCUUCAUGUUUUCUUGCCCUUGGGAUGGCUAUCAUAUUAUCAUCGUGGACUGAGAACUAUGGAGAUCCAUCAGAUAACAAAGAUUUACUAACUCAGUUCAAGAAUGCUUCUGUAGCCAUUGCUUCAGAUGAGAAGAUUGCACUGUUGGGUGCUAUACAAUCCUUGUUUGAGGGCUCAAUGUAUACCUUUGUGUUUUUAUGGACUCCUGCUCUUAGUCCAAAUGAUGAAGAAAUUCCUCAUGGAUUUAUCUUUGCAACAUUUAUGUUAGCAUCAAUGUUAGGAAGCUCAGUUGCAUCUCGCCUUCUGACCCGUAAUGCAGUUAAGGUUGAGAGUUACAUGCAAGUGGUGUUUGUUGUUUCUUCUGCGUCUCUCCUGCUGCCAAUUGUGACAAAUUGGUUGAUAGCUCCUUCAGAGGUGAAAGGGGGAGGCAUUUCAUUUGCAGGAUGUGUCCUGGUUUUCGGUUUCUGUACAUUUGAGGCCUGUGUGGGAAUCUUCUGGCCUUCCAUAAUGAAGAUGAGAUCCCAAUACAUUCCGGAGGAGUCGAGGAGCACCAUAAUGAACUUCUUCAGGAUUCCUCUCAACCUCUUUGUUUGCAUAGUUCUGUACAAUGUUGCGGCAUUCCCCAUCAGCGUCAUGUUUGGCAUGUGCUCAAUCUUCCUAUUUGUGGCAGCCAUCUUACAGAGGCGUCUCAGAGCUAUUAUUGCAGAAAAGCCAAAGGUUGAAAACUGGACACCACUGAUGGACACGGAGGCUGAUCCAGCACUCGAUGCUCCUUGAGACAACAUUGUUAGUAAAGAAAACAAAAAGAAGAACCAGUACGUAAGAUCCGUAUACAUCCGAAUGAAUGAUUCAGAUUCAGAUAGCCGUUUGUUCUAGUGAUUUGGAUUGUUCGGUUUUGUAAUUCUUCGCAUUCCAUGAAUUCCUAGUCUUGUUCUCACGAUAAGUGUCUAAUGGCACUUGUUUGUUAGAGUGUAUUGUUUUUUCCAUGUCUUUCCAACCAUAUACGGUUUAUUGUGGAAGGGAUAUACCUAAAUAAGACUAAAACAUGUUCCAUAUG